AUGUGGCAGAAGGGAGCUAUUUUAUUCGUUUUUUUCAUUUACGUCGCAAGUUCUACUGGUGAUGUUCAAAAUGGUCUUCUGCAGAGGUUAAAACGUUCCCCACAUAACUGCGACUACUAUCCUCCGCCACCACCACCACCACCACCACUACCACCACCGCCUCCACCACCACCGCCACCAUUUUGGCAACCAUAUUGGAUUCCACCACCGCCACAUAACAAAUUAUACUUGGAAAAUUUUAAUCAACAACAAGCGCACAACGAAAGGAACUCCGAAGGUCAGACAGCGUUAGAUUCUCACUCUGCGGACUCUUCCACACAUGAACAAAACCAGUACGGCGGUUGGGGUAAUGACGGACAAAAUGGUUUACGACCUUGCGAGAAAUGUCCACAUCGGAACACCGCCGUCAGCAAUGCUAAGAGUGAUACGGGAUCGGCAGUCGCUAUCGCAAUCUCCAAAGGCAAUAAUGGAACGCAAUGA